AUGACAACCCUUGAGCAGGAUGGGUCCCAGAACCCAGACUGUACCAUCAUGACUUUCUGCCCAAACAUGGAAGAAUUCUCAGACUUCAGCAAAUACAUUGCCUACAUGGAGUCCCAAGGGGCACACCUAGCUGGACCGGCCAAGGUCAUCUCACCCACGGAGUGGAAAGGCAGGCGAUCCUAUGAGGAUGUCACGGCUAUGGCAAUUCCCGCUCCUCUGCAGCAAGUGGUCUCUGGGAAGGCAGGUGUGUUCACCCAAUACCAUAAGAGGACGAAAGGCAUGGCCGUGGGGAAGUAUGGUGAGCUGGCCAACAGCGAAAAACACCAGACCCCACCACACCUGGAUUUUGAAGAUUUGGAGAGAAAAUACUGGAAGAAUAGCCUGUUUGGGUCACCGAUUUAUGAUGCUGACGUCAGCGGCUACCUGUUUGAUGAGAACACUCACCUUUGGAACGUGGGCCACCUGGGAAGCCUUUUGGAUGUGUUGAAGCAGGACCGUGGUAUAGUGAUUGAGGGCGUCAACAUGCCCUACCUGUACUUUGGCAUGUGGAAGACCACCUUUGCAUGGCACACGGAGAACAUGGACCUGUACAGUAUCAACUACCUGCACUUUGGGCAGCCCAAGACCUGGUAUGCUGUGCCCCCUGAGCAUGGCAGGCCCCUAGAGCGCCUGGCCAGGGAACUCUUCCCUGGCAGUUCCCAGGGCUGCCAGGCCUUCCUGAGGCACAAGGUGGCGCUCAUCUCACCCACUGUGUUCAAGGAGAAUGGCAUCCCCUUUGGCCGCAUCACCCAGGAGGCUGGGGAGUUCAUGGUCACCUUUCCCAGUGGCUACCACUCGGGCUUCAACCGUGGCUUCAACUGCACAGAGGCCAUCAAUUUCGCCACCCCAAGGUGGAUCCACUACGGAAAGGUGGCACCUCAGUACAGCUGUGGGGAGGCCAGGGUGAGCUUCUUCAUGGAUGUCUUUGAAGGGCUCCUGCAGCCUGAGAGCUAUGAGCUGUGGAAACAGCAAGGGGACCCUAGAGCUGUGGAUCACCUAGUGCUCACCUCCUGUCCCAGGCAAGAGCUGACCCCCGGGACCUACACACUGGAUCAGGGGAAGCCCACUUCAACCCGGAGGCUUUCCCGUUCGGGACCCCUCAGGAGUUGGGCAUAG